AUGGCGUCGGUUAACACAGUGAGAGAUAAUGAGAAUGAAAAGAAAUGUCAAGAAUAUCAAUGCUUAGGACUAGACACGAGUCAGCAACCUUGGGACUACAAUAUUUUCAAACUCCAGUUAAUGGCACUCUUCAUAGAUGACGAGGAGAUAGCGAUAAAUGAGAACAUUGAAAUGACCAAGUCUCCCACUCGGAUGCUGCUGACAAAUAACACCUUCCAAGAUGUCAUGACCAAAAGAGAAAUAGCACACUGCUCUUCUUUCAGAAAAUCACCUUCAAAGGAAAUCCAAAAGUGCCAACAUUUGCCUGGCGUGGUCAACUUGGCAAACUGGAGACAUUGUGCCAGAUCGAUCAAAUCAGAACCAGUAGAGAGUCUUCAAGGCAUUACUAUCUCCUCCAUAGCCUCGGGGGGUUGGCACUGUGUCGCUUUGAGCACGAGUGGUGACGCAUACACGUGGGGCUGGAAUGAAAGCGGCCAGUUGGGCUUCCCAGCCAAGGCAGAUCAGGAGGCAUCGAUUUUGGGAACAUUUAGCCACAGAUGCCGAUGUCCCGAACCAGUUCAUAUGACAGACACAAUACACAGUGACAGCAAGGUGGAAGAAAUUAGGACCAAUGAAUGGAGUGGCAAUGAUCAUAAAGCAUCUCUCGAAGGAACAGGAGAUUGCAGAACUGAUCCGAGAAUCAACAAGGGCCGGGCAAAGGAUGUUGUGAAUGUACAGACCUCCCCCAGGCUGUUGGACUUCUGGAAUGAAGAUAUGGCAAUCAUAGAUGUCAAAAGUGGAGAUAGGCACACAUUAUAUCAGCUUGAGGAUGGGAGUGUAUGGUCCACUGGCAUGAACAAGUACGGCCAGCUUGGUUUGGGCGACACAGCCGAGAGGAAUGAACCUUGCCUGGUACCCGUCACAGGCGUCAGAACAGUGUUUGCUGGGGGAUGGAUGUCAGUGUUUAUGGCAACAGACACUAGUGGGAGAUGACAUGUGGUUUGCUGUUGCUGUGAUGCACUCUAACGUGGCACAUCUGUGUGUAUAUAUAUUAAUUUAAUGAAUUACAAUCUAAUCAUCAUCGCUAUUCAUCUUUCUCAUCAUAUAUUUCAUCUUAUCUAUUUGUAUCUGCAGUACAGUUAUCAUGAUCACUUGGUACAGCGACAUUUUCCCUGAUAAUGUUAAUCACAAUUUCAAUUCUGAUGCAUCUUGCAACGUUUUGAAGGAACUAUCAGGUAUUAUUAGUAUGUAUGAUAAUUAGGAAAUUAUAAGGUAAGACUUGUACUGGUUCUUGGUCGUUUUAUGUUAAUGAAUCAGUAACUGACAAGAACAAUAGCAUCUUCUGAAUGUGGAGAUAACCACUCUUGCUUCAAGACAUCACUUGCGUUCUCAUUACCAGCAUCUUGUUGGUUUUAAAUUAACAGAUAUUAAAUAAAUACUUAGGAAGUGUGCCUGUACCCCUGUAGAAGAAUGUGUUCUUGGUCGGAGCGAAUUUGUGAGAAUCUAUAGUGGAAAAUCAGCAUUUGCAACAGCGUUGGAGGAAUGCAGGGUGGCCGAACGCAGGGCAGUUGGCAUAUCUUGGGCGGGACAGAAGAUCGAAAUAUCAACAGCUAACAAAAUUAUAAGAAAAAUUCUCAGAGCCUAAUAGUACUUUUGCUACGAGUAUUCAUGUUAAUAAUGGUAGCAACAAUAACAUCAAAACAACAACAAUAAUAAGACAGACACCCCUUCCAAUUAAAAGAUUUAAAGAUUUCAAAGUAACUGUAAGGUGGCAUCUAAUGCUCUUCGGGAUGAAGAUUUGCGCCGAUGAGAAGAGAUUCCGUGAACUGUAAUUGAUUUGUAUUGGUAAGGCAAUUCGAAAAUGGGUAAUGGUGGUAAUAAUUAAUAAUGACUAUCGUUGUUAUUGCUAUGA